UUCCCUCUCAAUAAAACUCAAAAAAGCUAUUUCCCUCUUGUCAAAGAUGAAGAACUCUAUAGCUCUCAUCUUAACUUUCUUGUUCAUCACAAUCACUAUCACUUUUGCUACUACUCAAAAUGAUGACAACAAUAAUAUUCCUGGUUUUGGGCCUGGUGGUGGAUUCAAUAUCCCUGGUUUUGGGCCUGUAGUUGGAGGAGGAUAUGGUGGUGGAUUUGGAAGCCCAAAAGGAGGGUAUGGUAAAGGUGGAACCAUAAGGCCCACUAUUGUUUGCAAAGAUAAAGGCCCAUGUUUUGGUAAAAAAUUGAAGUGUCCAUCAAAGUGUUUCAAGUCAUCUAGUGGGGCUGGAAAAGGGUAUGGAUAUGGUGGUGGGGGUGGUGGAUGCAUCAUGGAUUGCAAGAACAAAUGUCUUGCUUAUUGUUAAAGGGAUAUGAUUAUGGCUUAGCCUUUCGUAAACAACUUUUUUGCCUCCACGAGGUAGUGGUAAGGUCUGAGUAUACUUCACCUUUCUCAGGCUCCACUUUGUGGAUUUCACUGAGUAUGUUAUUGUUGAUUAUGGCUUAGCCAAGAUAGUACUAAUUAAUAUAUAGUAGUAUAUAGUAUUUAUUAUAUGUUGGGAAGUUUCUUUUGGAAGUUGAUGCUUUUGGUUUUUGAGUAUUUUGGUUUGGAUUUAGUUUUGUGGGAACUCUUAUGCAUGCAGCUAUGUUUAUGCAGUUAUAUAUAAUAAUAUAAAUAUAUAGUAUAGUAGAAUUGAUUAUGA